ACACGCGUUUUGCAAAACUGUCUUCCUAUAUAUGUCUGUUUAUCAAAAAGUUGAAUUUUCAGCGUUAUUUACUAAUAAAACAUGCCAAAAAAUGAAAAGGAGGAGAUGAAGACGAAAACGGACAAAAAUAAGAGCGGAGACAGUGACUCUGAGGGUCGUCCAGAAAAGCCGUCGUCCAUAGCAUCCGGCCCGCCCCCGCCGGCUGCCAUAGUACCAAAGUCUGCCGAUGGACCAAGGCCACCAGGAUGGAACGGGCAGCCCAGGCGGCACGGCUCCAGCCGGUUCAACGUGCACAAUCAUAACCAGGAGCUGGUGAAACUACCACCCAUCAAAGAUGCGCCAGCCGCCGAACGCGAGCAGCUCUUCGUACAGAAGCUACGACAGUGCUGCUUGCUGUUCGACUUCGCUGAUGAACCCCUCUCAGACUUGAAGUGGAAAGAGGUGAAGCGCGCCGCUCUGCUGGAGAUGGUGGAGUAUGUCACGUCGCAGAGGGGAGUCGUCACUGAGGCGAUAUACCCCGAGGCGGUCAAUAUGUUUGCCAUAAACCUCUUCCGGACACUGCCGCCGUCGUCCAACCCCAACGGCGCAGAGUUCGACCCUGAAGAAGACGAACCCACACUCGAGGCCGCCUGGCCCCAUCUCCAGCUAGUCUACGAGUUGUUCCUGAGGCUGCUGGAGUCUCCGGACUUUCAGCCCAAUGUAGCCAAGAAGUACAUUGACCAGAAGUUUGUGUUAUCGUUGCUAGACCUGUUUGAUUCCGAGGACCCGCGCGAGAGGGACUUCCUUAAGACGACGCUGCACCGGAUAUAUGGAAAGUUCUUAGUACUGCGUGCCUACAUACGGAAACAGAUCAACAACGUAUUUUAUAGGUUUAUAUACGAGACAGAACACCAUAAUGGAAUAGCGGAAUUACUGGAGAUCCUCGGCUCCAUUAUAAACGGAUUCGCGCUGCCGUUGAAGGAGGAACACAAAAUGUUCUUACUCAGGGUGCUGCUACCUCUACACAAGGCGAAGUCUCUGUCUGUGUACCAUCCCCAGCUAGCUUACUGCGUAGUACAAUUCUUAGAGAAGGACCCCUCCUUAACACAACCCGUAGUUAGGGCAUUAUUAAAAUACUGGCCAAAGACGCACUCGCCCAAGGAGGUGAUGUUCCUCAACGAGAUGGAAGAGAUCCUGGACGUGAUCGAGCCCGCCGAGUUCCAGAAGAUCAUGGACCCGCUCUUCAGGCAGCUCGCUAAGUGCGUCUCCAGCCCGCACUUCCAAGUGGCCGAGCGCGCCCUCUAUUAUUGGAACAACGAGUACAUAAUGUCCCUAAUAUCGGACAACGCUCACCACAUCCUGCCCAUCAUGUUCCCAUCGCUGUACCGCAAUACCAAGAGCCACUGGAACAAGACCAUCCACGGGCUGGUCUACAACGCGCUCAAGCUCUUCAUGGAGAUGAACCAGAAGCUCUUCGACGAGUGCACGCAGCAGUACAAACAGGAGAAGCACAAAGAGCGUGAGCGCCUCCUACAAAGGGAAGAGCUAUGGCAGCGGCUGGAAGCCAAGGCGGCCAAGGCGCCGCCGCCCGCGCCGCGCCGCGACGACAACAUACAGUUCGUCGACGACGCGCCCGACCUCAGCUAUACCAGGAUCGAGAGAGAAGCCACGCAGGCUCGCAAGCAAGGUCUAACCUCAGCCAAGCCGGCGCCCCUGCUCCGCAAGAAGUCGGAGCUGCCCGCCGACUCCAGCACCGUGGCCGCGCUCAUCCAGCACCAGCGCGCCGACCAGUACCUCAGCACGCCGCCCGACCCCGACCAGUGCUAGC